UCGUGCCGUUUAAAAACGUGCCAGCGUUCGAAGCGAUCGGACGUGUGCUCUCUUCCCUACAAAAAUCACAGUAGCCUUUGUCGCGUCGACCAGCAGUGUAGUAGUGGCCUCCGUGACCCGUACCUGAUAACAACACAAACAAGCGUUUCUGCUUUCCACUGCUCUCCAGCCUUUUGCAGAAUCAUCACCACCAGCGCGCGCGUCUACCGAAGCCUGCCGUGACUAAUCAGCCGGGCAACAAAAAAGCGCAACACAGUUGCAGUGGGAAAAAAAACAAAGAAACAAAGUGCGUUAAACACACACACACACACACACCAUGACUAACAAAUCGGCCGCCGCCUUUCUUCUCGUGGGAGCUGUUUGUCUCACACUGAUGCCAACUUUAACCUCGGCGGCGGAGUUUGCUAACUGCGCAAAUGAAACGGCGAUCGGGAAGUACACGCAGGUCGAGGUGUCGAACUGUGCCGACAGUGAUAAUUCCUGUGUCCUGAAGCGCAACUCCAACGCUACCAUCUCCAUCACCUUCACCAGUGGCGAAGAUCUGUCCGAACUGAAGGCGGUCGUGCACGGCAUCAUCCUCGGCAUGGAGGUACCGUUCAAGCUGCCGAACGAUGACGGCUGCAAGGACAGUGGACUGGAGUGCCCGCUCACGAAGGACACCAGCUACCGGUACAGCACCACCCUGCCGGUCCUCAAGCAGUACCCCAAGGUUUCCGUCGAGGUCAAGUGGGAGCUAAAAGCAGGUGACAAGGAUGUGCUUUGCGUGCUGAUUCCGGCCAAAAUACAGUAAGGAGCGCGGAGUAUGCGCCAUCGCCGACGGGUUUUCCCUCGGCACAGCCAAACCCUAACACGUGCUUUUUGCCCCCCUCCCAUCUCCUCUUUCUGUACGCUCUUCUUUCACUGGGCGAGCUUCCGGUAAGGCGAUCGAAAGAAUAAAAGCCGGCAAGCCGAGGCAAUUGACGAUGAUCAGACUCCAUUAAACGGUGCCGCUGCAUUGCUUCCAAGACGCGGACCACCACCGGCGCCGACGGCAGUACCAACAGCCAAACAAAAAGCCCCCACAACCCAUCCCGCCGGAUGGGUGCAUUAUAUACCCUCUUUGUCCGACCCCCGGUACAGUGCAGUGAGCGUACGGUGGUGGUGCUGCUGCUGCUGCCGCUCCUUAAUCCGUUAAUUAGAUUACAAUUGAGUGCGGCUUUUACAAUCCAACCCAAUAAAAAGAUCAACCACACACACA